AUGGAUGCAGCAGAAACAAGCGUGCUUUCGACCGAAAAUCAAUCUUUGGCCCAAGAAAUAAAUAGUGUAUCGGCCAGUAUUGUCAAUCAACAGGUAUGUUGAAAAAAAUGGCAUAAAAACAAGUCGGAUUCCCCAAUGUUUCCCCCAAAAAUUAUUUCACAAAAAAUGCUCAAAAACAAAUCUCAUUAUGACAAUCAUUAAUUUUAUCGAUAGAAAGUUUUAUAAUUGAUUCACCAACUUUCCCCCACGAUUUUUUUUUCAUAAGAACAUAACGAACAUAACUAUACAGCAGAUAAAAGGACAAUUGUCUACUUUCGAUUUUGUUUCUCCAGGGACGUUGCGAAGUCAUUAGUGAGCUUAAGCAAGAGCGACGUUUUUGUCAACACGAACGUUGAUAUAACUCAUUUUGCAUGCAUUUUGUAUCAUAGCGCUCGUAUAAAGAAGCAAAAAAUUUAAAAAUCUUAUGUGUAAAAAGAUUAAUACAAACUGAUGCAAACACAGUUUUUAAUCCAGUUUCCCCUCGGCACUCUGGCGUCCGUGUUGACAAAAACCUCGCUUGUUUAAGCUCGCUAUUAACAUUUGGGGCGCGGGGGGGGGGGGUUGUCGAGUUGUUUUGACCAACUUUUCCAAACAAUUGAGCCAAACAGUAAAAAAUGUUCCGGGAAAUUUCCAGCGUUUCUCCAACAAUUUACCAACUUUAACUAGGAAUGUUCGGUAUGAGAAAUUUCCGGUAUCGGUAUACCGAAAAAAUUAUACCGGUAUUAUCGGUAAAUUUGAAGGAAAUUUUGAGUAAUUCUAAAAGGGAGAACGAUAAUUUCGAAGCUGUUUCGAACAUGUUUCGAAAGACACGUACUCAGUGUAAAAUCUCACUGAAGUGGAAAUUCUAAAUCAUUGCAGUAGAAAGUUCUUUGAAUUGCCAUUCAGUAGUAAAAUAAAGGUUAUGGUUUCGCCAUAUAGUUGGUUAAUUUAACACGGUAUACCGAAAAAUUCCAGUUAUCGGAAAUUUCGGUGUAUCGGUAUGGUUGAAUAUCCGGUAUCGAUAUACCGAUAUUGAUUUAAUAGCGAUAUUUUCGAUAUAUCGGUAUACCGAACAGUCCUAACUUUAACCUGCAACUAUGACCACAUUUUCCCAUUUUGAUCUUCAUCUUCUAUAGACUACAUAUAACAGUUCUUCCAAAUGAUUGUGUAUCUAUAAUAUUCCAAGCAGUACUAAGCUGUAUAUUAAUCAAAGUAAUCAUAAUUUUUACCUAAUUAAAAUUUGACAAUUUCGUUACACAAAUGUUGCCAUAUAUUGCAGAACAACGAAAGCGAGAGUAUUUUAAGCUGCUACGUCUGCCAUUUAACCGACUCCUCUGACGAGAAGGGUCACCUAAGAAAAUUUAGUGACAGUACAUGGACAACAAUAAAGCAUGUUGCUGCCCUGUGCAAGAAUUUGAAAUCUGACAAAUACCUUGGGGUUACACAAACAAUUUUGUCUAGCACUGAUCGUGAAUCCUUAUCUAUCGGCUAUCACGCUUCCUGCCAUAAGAGUUACACAGCAGUAAAACGUGCGAAAGAAGAUCUGGCACCAGAUGAUGAAUCCGCGACAAAAAUUCGGUGUACCGAGACAAGACGUUCCAGUGCGUUUCCGAAGUCGGAUAGGCAAGGUAUAUUGAAAGGGACUUGCAUUUUCUGCAGUAAAAGUCGAAGAAAGAAAAAUGGAAAAGACGAGCCCAGACUGAAGGUUGCGACAAUUGCCGGUUGCGAGUCACUCUACCAUAGGGCAAAGUUUUCGAAAAACGAACAUAUAAAGAGUCUUGUUCGGAGUGGUGUAGACCUUAUUGCAAAAGAAGCAGAGUAUCACAAAUCCUGCCGUGUACAGUUUUUGAAAGAUACCGACAAACAAGAUAAACCCAUGGAAACGACAUCAUCGCAGUCCUGUCACAAAAUGGCAUUUGCAUCUUUACUUUCCUUUAUCCAGGAUGAAGUUUUGGCAAAGCAUCGAACAAUAUUCGUCAGUGAUUUACUUGCCAUGUACAAGGAGGAAUACGCCAGUAUUGGGGAAAGUGGGACAGAAUCAGAUGUACCGGUUUACACUGCUCAAAAUCUUACUAGAAAGAUAAAAGAUCAUUUGAAGGAUAGAGUUACGAUAACACUGGUAAACCAGCGAAAAGGUAACUGUAUCCAUAGUUCUGAUAUUCCAGAAGAGGAAGCCCAUAUUCGCCUUCAUGAAGAUUCGAAGCGGUACGAAGAAAAUAGCAAAUUAAGAUGGGCCGCUCUACAUCUCAGAUCUCAAAUUAUGAAGCUUCCAAAAACCAGGACACCUAAUCCGGCGACAGUGCAAACUUUGAAGGAAUGCGCCCCGGAAAUGCCAGAACAGUUAGACUUGUUCUUGAGAAGUCUUCUUGGCA